AUGCCGGCCUCCAGCCAGCCGGUCCAGCGGGGCCUCUCCCGCUCGCGGUCGGGCUCCAGCCUCCCGACCCGGGGCAAGCUGUACAUUAACACGGCCGCCGGCGGCACCCCCGGCCCCGCCGGGGCCACCCCCUUCAAUGACGACCACCCGGCCAUCGUGCAAAGCUGGCGCAGCGAGAACACCGGGCCCUUCUCGCCGAUCCGGUCGCGGCCAAGCUCCCGCGCCGGGGGCGGCGGCGGCGGCGGCCACUCCUCCAGGCCGUCCAGCCGGCCCGGCUCGCGGCCCGGCUCGCGCCCGGCCUCCCCCACCUCGGGGGUUCCCCACUCGCCGACCGCCGGGCCCGGCGGGCCACACUCCCCCCGGAUGGGCGCCUUCGAUGGCGCCGGGGGGAUCCCCUCCUCUCCCUACCCCCAGACGCUGGACUGGAUCAAGAGCCUGACCCCGGCCCAGCAGACCCAGCUGUCCAACCUCCAGCGGCACUUCUGCGUGCUCUACUCGGAUGACAUCAACUACCGGGUGUCCAACGAGUAUGACAAGCUCUUCAAGCGCGAGCGCACCGACAGCUUCAUGACGCCCAACCUGAAUAGCGACCGCGCGCCGCCCACGGUCCGCCAGCUGCCCAACCGCAAUGUGCUGAGCUUCUUCCGCGGGCUCAAGCCCCAGGACUAUGCCGGGUUCUUCAUCCUGCAUGUGCUGUACCUGGUGCGCGAGCACUUCUACAUCGACUCCUCCGAGUGGAUGGUCCCGGCGGCGAGCACGACGGCCUCCGGCGAUGCGGCCGGCACCGGCGCCGCCAUGAACCGCUUCCUGCCGGAGAUCGAGCAGCGCCUCACCGACCACGGCCUCGAUGCCCGGACCCUGGACAAUGCCCUGCUCGAGCACAAUGUCCUCCGGACGUCCGCCCUGUCCGGGCGCUUUAUCGACCUCUUCACCAAGCGCAUCGAGCGCAUUUGCCCGGACUCCGGCGUGCGCGAGCUCCUCGAGCCGCACAAGAACACCCCGGUCAAUGAGGUCAAGCGCCUGGCCCUGGAGUGGGCCCAGAGCCUGCCCACCCGCGCCGAGGCCGAGUCCCUCAUGCUGGCCGCCACGCCCAUCCUCCCGGCCACCGACGAGUCGGAGCAGCCGGAGCAGCCGGAGCAGCCGGCCCCGCAGGCGCAGCAGCAGGAGCAGGAGCAGGAGGAGGCCGGCCUUCCGGAGGAUGCCGGCCAGGCGGCCCCGGCCGCCGCCCCGACCCCCGACAAGCUGGCCCUCAUCCGCGAGGCCGUGGACAUGGACUUCGUGGAGACCUGCGAUGACACCACCCUCUGCAGCUACCUGUGGCACAUCAGCAAGUCGCAGUUCGGCCGGAAGGCCGCCUCGGCUUCCAUCGCUCUGCGUGCUUUGCGCCUGGUUCGCGCCUGCCCGCAGCUCAUCGACAUCCUGGAUGUGGUGGCGGAUCUCCACCCGAACCCGGAAAAGCGCGGGUUCCUCUUCGGCCUGACCGACCGCGAGCCCUCGCGCCACCCGUUGAAGCCCUUCACAUCCUCCACCACCGCCCUCGGCCAGUACCCGGACAAUGAUGCCCUGCCGGACAUCGGUCUCUUGAUCCCGGUUUUCAUGCCGAUGCUGCGCCAGGUCAUCAGCGCCCAGUCCGGCCCGAUGACCCCGUCGGCUUCCUUCGACCAGCUUCCCCGGUCCUGGUCCAUCGACGGGGGCAUGCUCCUGUCCAUGUCGCGGUCCCCCUCGACGGACUUCCUCCUUGCGGCGUCCGGCGCGGCUGGCGGAUCCCCGCCCCCGGGGCUGGUGCUGAACCACCAGCCGCGCGGGACCUUCUCCCGGUCGGCCUCGGGCAUCUCCCUGAGCUCGGUCCUCUCGCCCGUCGGCGGCCAGGCCGAUGGCGGCACCGCCACGCCGUCCUCCUCCAACUGCGACACCACGGCCGCCGUCAACCGCAUCUCCCGGCAGCUGUCCUCCAUCGACAUCGCCGCCAACCAGUAG